CAAAAAAAUAUAGUAAAAAAAUUCAAUUGUAAUUUUUUUCUACGCUUCGUUCAUUUGUGCUUUGUUGUUGCUUUCCACGUGAUAAACGCGGCCACCCAAGAUAAGCAAAACGGUAAAAAACAACAACAACAACAAAAUAAUAAGAUAGAUCGCUGAAUCUUUGGACAUACGCUGGGGACGUAUGCGGCGACGGCGACAAUUCUAAACGGGGGGCAAAGUGGUCGCAAGUGGUUGCUUAAGUGUGCAUUCGUUAGAUUAUUAAAUCAAUUUUAACAACAACAAAAAAAUUAAAACACAACAAUUCAUGGAAUAGAUGUGAACGAGCAGCUAGCUAACUAAACAAAGCAGAAUUCACAGGUAGUGAAAAGCAUAAAAGUAUUGAAAUCAAAGGUAAACACUGGAGCGAGUAAAAUAACAAGGUGACAACCCUGGCCAACGGGCUGCUGCGAUGAGAGCUGCAACGGCUGCAGCGUGGCUGCAACAUCAACAACUGCAAUCAUCAUAAUAAUAACAAUAAUAUUAUUAAUAAUAGUUGAUGCAGCAGCGGCAGCGGCAACAGCUGCUCCGAUGAUUACAAAAAUCCAGCCGCAAGAGACGCAACACAACAAACGAGAUUCAAACUCAAAAAUGCAAAUUACAAUUUGCAUGCAAGCGAAGAAGAAGACGUACAACAACAACAACAACAACAACAGCAACAACAAGGAGAACAACAACAACACUGGGCAAUCAGCAGAGUUGCCAAGCCUGUGAAAAACAAACGUGCUACCAAUUCUAGAACAUAUCAGCAAGCGGCGACAAGAUGAUCAAAGGCAUUCUGAUACAGCGCAAAAGCCAGGAGGAUGCCAGCUACGCCAAGCAGCUCAAAAUGGAGCACGCCGAUCUGGUGGCCGAAAUGCAGACUGUCGAGAGCUUGCCAACCCACGAGAGACUCCAGCUGGCCAGACUACGACGUGCUCAGCAGCUGAAGCUGGCCCGCCAGAAGGAGAAGGAAUGGCUGAAACUGCAACGGGUCAAGGGUCAAACAGGCAGCGGCGGUGGCGGCAGCGGCAGCGGCGGCGGCGGCACAGUUAGCAGCAUAUUAAACGGCGCCGCUGGCGAUACCACGCAUCAUUUCCGGCAUGCCAACGGCUCGGGCACCCUGAGCGGCAGGCGGCAUAUAUCGUUUGAGAACAGCGUGGUGCUAUUGGAGGCCGCCUCCCGGAACGAUAUGCCCGAGGUGGCUGCCCUGCUGCAGCACGGCAUUACGCCGGAUGCGGCCAACGAGGAUGGACUGACGGCGCUGCAUCAGUGCUGCAUCGAUAACAAUGUGGACAUGCUGCGGCUGCUGCUCGACUAUGGGGCCAAUGUGGAUGCGCAGGACAGUGAUAAAUGGACGCCGCUGCAUGCGGCGGCUACCUGCGGCCAUUUGGAGCUGGUGCGCAUACUCAUCCGGCACAAUGCCAAUCUGUUGGCGGUCAAUACGGACGGCAAUAUGCCGUACGAUUUGUGCGACGAUGAGAAUACCCUCGACUUUAUUGAGGGCGAGAUGGCGCAGCGUGGCGUCACCCAGGAGCUAAUCGAUGAGACGCGCUCCUCCACGGAACGUGUCAUGCUCAAGGAUCUAAUGGAGCUGGCGCGCACCGGUGCUGAUCUCGAGGAGCCGGACUAUCAAGGCGCCACACCGCUGCACAUAGCUUCUGCCAAUGGUUAUGUGCGCGUGGUGGAGUUUCUGCUGGAGCAGCAUGUCAAUGUGGAUGCCAUGGACAAGGAUCUGUGGACGCCAGUGCAUGCGGCAGCAUGUUGGGGUCACCUCGAAGUUCUGGAGAUGUUGGCGCAAUGCGGCGCUGAUUUGAAUGUGCGCAACAAGGACGACGAAACGCCUUCAGAUAUCUGCGAGGAUCCGGAGAUACGUGAACGCAUCGAGCAGCUGAAAACGGAGCAGGAGAGCAAACGACUGGCGGAGGCGCAACGAAGGCGCGUUCGGCGCUCACAGAGCAACAAUACCAGAGCCCAAUCGGUGCGUCGCACCAGCCUGCGCGACAAAACGCUUACAACCAAAAAGGAUGCCGUGGAAGAGGCUCGUCUGCGUCUGCAGGCGCAGGAGGCCACGGACACGAACUCCACAACAGCGUCGGCGGCCGCCGAGCUGCCCAAUGGCUAUGCCUAUCACACGACCAGCAGCAGCGGCGGCAACAACAACAUCAGCAGCAACAGCAACAGCAGCAGCAGCAGCAACAACAACAACAACAACAACAAUGCCGAUAAACGCCCCUCCACGGGCAGCCUGAGCAGCCAAUUGCUGUCACACUCCAAAUCCGCGGAUGCGGUGGACAAUAUAACGCUCACAACGACACAUUCCUAUCUGCCGCGCCGUCCGCCCGACGGUCGCGAGAACGACGAACAGCUGCUGCUCAAGGCUGGCGAUGACGGCGCCGGCGCCGGCAUUGGUGAGCUGCAACGUGCCACCUCUGCCGCAGCCGUCAUACUGACUGACAAGGGCACCGCCGCCAGCGCGGAGGCGCUGCAGAUUCAAUCAUCCAAGGCGGCGGCCGGCAAUGGCAAGAUCAACGUGCAGGUCACAGUGCUAGUGGACACAAACAGCACGCAUCAUCAGCAGCAACAGCAGCAACAUAACCAGCAACAUCAACAACAGUUGCAGCAACAUGCGCUGCUGUUGCAGCAACAUCAUCAUCAGCAACAGCAGCAGCAGCAGCAGCUCCAGCAACAUCUUCAGCAGCAGCAGCAGCAAUAUGUUGCUAUGGAUGCGGGUGCCGUUACUUUAUCGAAUUUGAAAAAGCAACGUUCGCUCUCGCGCACCGCCAAUGUGCUUAACAAUUUCGAGCUCUCAUCCACAACAACUGCAGCAACUGCUGCUUCUACAACAACAACAACAACAACUAAUGGUUCUGUUUUAGGAGCCGCCACUUCCGUUAAUCACAACAACAACAACAACAACAAUAGCAGCGCUAACAAUAACAACAACAACAACUUGAGCACUGGACCAAUCGCCAACCAGCCCCUGGGACUGGGCGCAAUGAGUCCCAGCUUACUAGACUUUGAGACAGCUGCGCCGGCAGCAACAGCAGCAGCAGCAGCGGGAGCAGCAGCAGCUGGCAACGCCAAUUCGGUUAAUAAAUUUAGUGGCAACACUGGCGAUGUGGUCAGCGACAGCACCAGCACCAGUCGCAAGUGCUGUGCGCUAAUGUAGACAGCCGUCGCAGCAAGGAUAACAGGGUAUUACAAUAUACAAUUGCCAGCCGUUAAGCUUACCAAAACUAAAUGGGGUUGGG